AUGGCGGAAGUCAACCUCACCCGCUUCCAGCCUGCCACGUUCCACCUCACUGGCUUCCCAGGCCUGGAGCAGUUCCACCCGUGGAUCUCCGUCCCUUUUUGCGCUCUGUACUUCACCUCCAUUCUCGGGAACGGCACGAUCCUCCUCAUCGUCCGGCGGGACCGCCACUUGCACGAGCCCAUGUAUUUCUUCCUGUGCAUGCUGUCCUUGAACGACUUGGGCGUCUCCCUCUCCACCCUCCCCACCGUGCUGCCCCUCUUCUGCUUCAGCGUCCACGAGGUGGCCUUCGAUGCCUGUCUGGCCCAGAUGUUCUUCAUCCAUUCCUUCUCCUUCAUGGAAUCCGGGAUCCUGCUGGCCAUGUCUUUUGACCGCUUCGUGGCCAUCUGCAACCCGCUGCGCUACUCGACCAUGCUGACCCGCCCUCGCAUUGCCAGGAUCGGCCUGGCCAUCGUCCUCAAGAGCACCGUCAUGCUCUUCCCCUUCCCCUUCCUCAUCAAGCGCCUGCCCAUCUGCCGCUCCAACGUCCUCUCCCACGCCUACUGCCUCCAUCCGGACAUGAUGCGGCUGGCCUGCGCGGACAUCACCAUCAACAACGUCUACGGAUUCUUCGUGGUUCUCUUCACGUACGGCCUGGACUCCGCCUUCAUUAUUUUGUCCUACAUCAUGAUUCUAAAAGCUGUCUUGAAUAUCGCGUCCCGGGAGCAACGCCGCAAGGCCCUCAACACCUGCGUCUCCCACAUCUGUGCCGUCUUGAGUUUCUACGUCCCCAUCAUUGCUGUCUCCGUCCUGCACAGGUUUGGGAAAGAUGCUCCUCCAGCCGUGCACAUCAUGAUGUCCAACGUCUACCUGUUUGUCCCUCCAUUGCUGAACCCCAUCAUCUACAGCGUCAAAACCAAGGAGAUCCGGAAGGGGAUCUUCAGAAUGUUUCAUUGA